AUGGCACUGAGCCGAAAAACCCCUAUCCUCCUUGCCCCUGGCCCGACGGAAGUAGACCCUGAGGUCCUCAAGUCCAUGGGAUCUUUCGCAGAGUCACAUUUUGCUCAGCCAUUCUGUAACGUUUUGGGAGAUGUAUUGACCAUGCUUCGAGUGCUUUUCCAAAGCGAGGAUCCAAACGCACAACCAUUUGUCAUUGGGGGUAGUGGUACAUUGGGAUGGGACUUUGUUGCCACAAACUUCAUCGAACCUGGAGAACAAGUUCUCUGUCUCAGCACCGGGUACUUUUCCGAUACCUUCGAAAUGUGUCUCUCCACCUAUGGAGCUCAGACAACAAAGAUAACAGUCCCUAUUGGGGACGCACCAGACAUUUCCGAAGUCGAGAGAGCUUUGAGAUCAGCUCGAUACAAAGCAUUAGUCGUGACUCAUGUCGAUACGUCAACAGGCGUUCUAACACCUUUGAAGCCACUUUCGGAUCUGCUUCGGCGUGUGUCUCCUCACACUCUCUUCGUCGUCGACGGCGUUGCUAGUGUCGCUUGUGAGGACCUCCGAUUCACCGCUUGGGGUGUUGACAUCGUUGCGACUGGGUCACAAAAAGCCAUUGGCUGCCCUCCUGGUCUCAGCAUCCUCAUGGUAUCUGCACGGGCGUUGGAAGUGGCGCAAGGACGCAAAGCUGCACCGGCAUCGUGGUACGCUAGCCUCACAAAGUGGUUGCCCAUAAUGCAAAACUAUGAGAAGAAGGAAUCUAGCUAUUUUGCCACACCGCCAACACAGCUUGUUCACGCUCUCCACACCUCAUUAACAAGGAUUUUGUCAUCGUCGCUGGAAGAGAGGUUCAUGUUACACAGAGAAACGAGUGCACAAGUGAAAGCGGCAGUGGCGAGCCUGGGUCUAACACAAUUAGCAGUGAAAUCAGAAAAUCAAGCCAAUGGGCUGACAGCUUUUUGGCUUCCUGACGGGUUAUCAUCGAAGGACUUCCUGGCAAGGAUCUCGGCAAAAGGCAUAACGUUUGUGGGAGGCAUGCAUAAGGAGCUUGGUCAUAAAUAUGUUCGGUUCGGACAUAUGGGUUAUAGUGCUGUCAGCGCGAAUGAAGGACAUAUUCAAAAGGGAAUAAAGGCGUUGAGAGAAGUGAUCAACAACCAUCACGCUGGUGGAGGUAAUGGCUCGGCAUCAGCUGAAGAUGGCGUGUUCGCCGAACCUUUACGUGCAUCAUUGUAA